GCACCGGGCGCUUGAACCGGGCGGUCUCUGGGUUGUGCCGGGUGGUCGCUCGUCCCGRGUGGUCGCACGGCGCCGGGCCGGCUGGGGGCGAGGGCGGCGGCUCGGGAGCCCCGCGGUGCGGGACGGCGGGAGAGGCCGCGCCGGGGCCGSGAUGGACGGAGCGGGGCCGGAGCCCGAGGAGGGCGAGGAGCGUGAGCCGGGURCCAUCAGCGAGAGAAACAUCCUGGACAGCUUCACCGAGAGCCGGGAGGUCGCGGAGCUCAUCGSCAACCUGAGAGGCGUCUUCGGGGAGCUGGUGACAAGGGAAAUGGCCGUGGAACGGUUCAUAGGUAUAAUGGACAAGUACCAGGAGCAGCCUCACCUUUUGGAUCGACACUUAGAGGGGAUGAUGAAUUCCUUGUUGGAUAUAAUACGGGACAGUGGAUCUCCUCCCCCACUAGUUCAUCUGGCUUUUAAGUUUCUUUACAUCAUUACAAAGGUGAGAGGGUACAAACGUUUCCUGCCUCUAUUUCCUCAUGAAGUCCGGGACCUGCAGCCUGUUUUGGAUAUGCUUGCAAAGCAGAACCCAAGAGACCCUGAUACUUGGGAAACUCGUUAUAUGCUCUUAUUAUGGCUGUCCAUGAUCUGCCUGAUUCCUUUUGAUCUGGCCCGUUUUGAUGGAAACCUUGUUUCCAUGGAAGGGCAGGCUCGGCAGCCAACCAUGGAUCGCAUACUGGAAAUAGCAAAGUGUUACCUGGUUGUCAGUGACAAGGCUCGGGAUGCAGCUGCUGUGCUGGUGUCCAAGUUUAUUGUCCGCCCUGAUGUCAGGCAAAGCAGGAUGGCAGACUUCCUGGACUGGGUGCUCUCCAUGUUAUCCAAAUCCUCCUCCCAGACCAUGGAGGGCACUGUCAUUGUGAACGGCAUGCUACAGGCCCUGGCACAGCUGUUUAAACAUGGCAAGAGAGAAGACUGUUUACCAUAUGCUGCUACUGUUCUCAAGUGUCUUGAUAACUGCAAGCUGUCAGAAAGCAAUCAGAUGGUGCUGCGCAAGCUGGGCAUGAAACUGGUUCAGCGACUUGGACUGACGUUUGUGAAACCCAAGGUAGCAAAGUGGAGGUACCAGCGUGGCUGUCGAUCUCUGGCUGCCAACCUGCAAGCUCAGGGUGCUGCUGUGCAGAACCAGAAGAGAGAAGUUGCUGCUGAUGAAGCUGAUGAUGAUGAGGAAUAUGACAUUCCAGCAGAGAUUGAAAAUGUUGUAGAGCAAUUGUUGAUUGGCCUGAAAGACAAAGACACCAUCGUCAGGUGGUCUGCAGCCAAAGGAAUUGGUAGAAUAACUGGAAGACUUCCAAAAGAAUUAGCAGAUGACGUGAUUGGGUCUCUGUUGGACUGUUUUAGUUUCCAGGAAACAGACAACGCKUGGCAUGGUGGGUGCCUGGCCCUGGCUGAGCUGGGCAGGAGAGGAUUGCUGCUCCCUUCCCGAAUUUCAGAUGGUGAGUUGGAGUURCUGAAUUCGCUACAUGCAGCCUCUCUUUUUAAGCUUACCUGUGAGGAAAGUGAAACAGAAUUUAAUGACUUGGAAAUGCAGCUUCAAGGUGGCACUGGAAUUGAUGGUAGCAGRUUGCCAGGGGUUAGCAGCAGGAUCAGCUUCUUGCUGCUUGUGGCUAGUGGAGACUGGAAGUGCCUGUUGCAGGUGGUAAAGGGAAUUCAGGUUUAUUGCCUGGUGCACCUGGUGCUUUCUGUGUUUAUUGURGACUUAUCUGCUGUGGUGCACACAGGCUCCUUGUCCCUCAAGGAGCCAGGAAAGGUGUUCAUAGAGACCAGAGAGUGCAAAGCCGUGCUCUGCCCUGCCUGGCAGUGGGCAGGUGUGGUGCACUUGGGUGCAUUGGUUAUUGCUGCAGUAUUUGAUCGUGAUGUUAAUUGCAGAAGAGCUGCUUCUGCUGCCUUCCAGGAGAAUGUUGGGAGACAGGGCACUUUUCCCCAUGGCAUCGACAUUCUCACUGCAGCUGAUUAUUUUGCUGUUGGUAACAGAGUUAACUGUUACUUGACCAUAAGUGUAUAUAUUGCUGGCUUUCCUGAGUAUACACAGCCAAUGAUUGAUCAUUUAGUUAAYAUGAAGAUUAACCACUGGGAUGGUGUUAUUCGAGAACUUUCAACCAAAGCUCUGCAUAACAUCACUCCCCGAGCCCCUGAGUACAUGGCCAAYGUGGUUUUGCCAAGACUUCUGCCUUUAUCAGUGGGCUCAGAUCUGCACACACGCCAUGGGGCAAUCCUUGCCUGUGCUGAGAUCACCCAUGCUCUGUGUAAACUGGCACAAGAGAAUAAUAGAUCUGUAACACACUAUUUCAAUGAACAAUCGUUGGAGGGACUCAAGCAAAUUCACCAAGAGCUUUGCAGUCGUCAGUUGUACAGGGGUUUAGGUGGAGAACUGAUGAGACCGGCUGUCUGCACUUUAAUUGAAAAGUUGUCGCUAUCAAAAAUGCCAUUUAAAGGAGAUCCAAUAAUCGGUGGUUGGCAGUGGCUAAUAAAUGACAGUCUAAGACAUCUCACUCUUGUUUCCAGUGGUGCACGACAGCAUAUAAAGGAGUCUGCAGUGUCUGCUCUGGCUGCGCUGUGCAAUGAAUUUUACAUCAACGAGAGGGGAGAAGCUGAUCCAGCUCUGCAGGAUGAACUGGUGACACAGUACGUUUCAGAGCUACAAAAUGCAGAGGAAAUGAUUCGUUGUGGCUUUUCACGAGCUCUUGGGGCCCUUCCAAGAUUUCUGCUGAAGGGCAGGCUCCAACAGGUUUUGGGAGGUCUAAAAAAAGUUACCCAGAUUUCYCCUGAAGAUGUGAGCUUUGCUGAAUCCAGAAGAGAUGCCUUAAUAGCAAUUGCAAAGGUUUGCCAGACAGUGGGUGUGAAGGGAGAUGGAUCCCAGGAGGAAUAUGUCUGCAGGGACAACGUGGAUCAGAUUUAUGCCACUCUGCUCAYGGGGGUGACCGACUACACCACCGACAGCCGCGGCGAUGUGGGAGGAUGGGUGCGUGAAGCUGCCAUGACCAGUUUAAUGGARGUGACGCUGCUGCUGGUCCAGAACGAGGCAGAGCUAAUUAAUGCCARCAUCUGCAAGCAGAUUAUGUGCUGGCUGGCUCAACAGUCAGCUGAAAAAAUAGAUAAAUUUCGAGCUCAUGCAGGAUCCGUGUUCCUUACUCUUUURCACUUUGACCAUCCUCCAGUUCCACACAUCCCUCAUCGAGAAGAGCUAGAGAGGAUAUUUCCAAGGUCCGAGAAGGAGACGCUGAACUGGAACGCAGCCUCGGAAGCUUUCCCUCGGAUCACUCAGCUGCUGGGGCUGCCAUCAUACCAGUACCACGUGCUGCUGGGGCUCUCCGUGUCUGUGGGGGGACUGACCGAGACCACGCUCAGAUACUCUGCCCAGAGCCUGUUUGACUACAUGAAGAAAAUCCAGRGUGAUCCCAGUGCUUUGGAGAGUUUUUGUGAGACGCUGCUGAAGGUCUUUGAGGACAACCUGCGGAAUGACCGGGUGUCUGUGCCUCUCCUGACAAUGCUGGACCAGAUGCUGGCAAAUGGCUGUUUUGAUAUGUUCACYGAGCAGGAGAACCAUCCCUUCCCAGUGAAGUUGUUCACCCUCUGUAAAGAAGAGAUCAAAAGAUCCAAAGACAUCCGGAAGCUUCGCUCCAGCAUAGGAGUGUUUUGUGGCCUGAUUCAAUUUCAAGGAGAUAUGAGAGAGAAAGUUUUCUUCCAGCUGUUUCUCCUCCUUUGCCAUCCCUUUCCUAUAGUGCGCAAGACCACGGCCAGCCAGGUGUACGAGAUGCUGCUCACCUACGGCGACGUGGUGGAUGUGGCUGUGCUGGAGCAGGUCAUGGCCAUCCUCAGUGACACCAACUGGGAAGCAGAACUGCCCGUGGUGAGGGAGAGACGCAACUGCCUCUGUGACCUCCUGAAAGUGCCCAGACCUCAGCUGGUGCCCAAGGUGAGGUGGGAAUGUGCUCCAGGGGUCGUUUGUUCAUGGAGGUGCCCAUGUGCCCCACAGGCUGUUCCCAGGCAGCUGCACAACACAUGGGGUGGCUGGAGCUGCUGCCUUGGGCCCUUCCAGCMUCAUUCCAGACAGCAUUCCAGGCUGGCAGCACCACAUUCCAGACACAGAUGUGCAGACACUGCUCCUCUGCCCUUCCUGGGGAAAGGGAAAAGACAAAACCUUCUCCAUUUCAACAGCAAGAUGAUGACAUGAGGUGUUGUGCAAACCACAGGAUU